UGACCGGAAUUUUUCGUAAUUAUUUUGGUUCUGUAUAGAUAAUCUUUGCAUUUGCGCACUUUGAAUCUUCUUGCGUCGUGUUUGGUGCAAUGGUUGCAAAUGAGUGAGUGAGUGAGUGCGUGCGUGCUUUUGGACAUGGUUGCAUUACAACCGCAGCUCACGCCUGAUCGGAGCGCGAUCCUGGCCUUGAAAAAGCACUUCUGGCUCAAUUUCUUGCAUGUUUUUGUUGUAGACAUUGAAGUUUAAUGAGGUUUGAGCUUUCGAUGGUUUGUGAUCCCGUGUUGUGCAGCUUUCUGUCGUGUUUGUUAAGUCGAGCUGAGUAUGUUUUAGAUCCUCUACAACUGUUUUUUGCGCCAUCGGAGCGUGAGCCAGUACAGGAGCGUAGCGAAUUCAAGGUAGAGAUAGUGAGGAGCAGGACUGCUGGUAACAAGGAGUUGUUUGAUCAGUUAUGUCGUCCUUGGUUUAGUUUAUGUUGUUAUCAUCUCUGGCAACGGAUUGCUCGAAAUUUGGCGUCCACGUGCAGUGUUCGUGCGGAGACGUACCCAGAGGAAAACGUGGAGAAUGGGAGUGGUUGCAAUGGGUAGCGUUUGAUUUGGCACUUGCACGUUUUGUGGCUAUGGCGGCCGUCACGUAUACUGCAAAAUUUUGAGGGCGUGAGUAAUGUAAGUUGACUCCUGGUCUGGCGGAUUACAAUCGCGAGCGGAUUCAGAUGAAGAACGACUUCAUCAAUGCACUUUUCUUAAGACAUUGAGAUUGUCAUCUGGGUGGCAAUUGCGCCAGAAUUAGUCCUAUCAGGUGGAACUCUUCCAAGAGAAUAUCCAAUUUCAUUGAUCAUCAUAUUGAAUGUAGCGAUCUCUAUUUGGAAACAUCGGACAUCAUGGGUAAGGAAGAAUCAGCUCAAUUCGUGACUUCAAGCGAUCUCUCAGGAUGCCAACUGUUCGUAGCUCUGAAAAUGAAUCAACUGGAUUACCAACCCUUACCACUAAAUCUUGUUCCUCAUAUUGUUGGCUCACUGCCAAUGAUAGGCUGUUGGGACGAGACAAAAGCUAUUGCACUGGAGCGUGAAUCAACGACUGUUUGGGAGCUUAGUUUCGUUGCACCUGCUAAUCAUGGUUUGCUGGAUUUUAAAUUUCUUCUUAAAGGGGAGGGUGAUAGAGAUCUGUGCAUACUUGAAGAGGGAGCAAAUAGGAUGCUUCAGGCUGGCACGAUGGAAGGAGAGGCUGGGCCUACAGCGCAAUUUAAAGUCCCCACGAAGGGUGGAAUACAAUUACUGCAACUGCCUGUUAGUAUUCAAGCCGACCCCGUGUCUCCAUUUGCUCUGGCUGCUAGUUGGAGUUCUCUUAAAAAGAACUUACAAUCUCACGGUAGCACGAUCGCGGGUGUUCUGGACGUUAUACAGGACGGUGUACAUCCUGUAGUUGCAACAGAACUAAAAAAUGAAACACAGGCACUUGAGCUAGAUUUAGAACAUUAUGAGGUGCCUACGCCAGACGCGAUAGCAAGUUCUGCAUUGCAGAACCCUCCAAACCCAGCAUCGGAUUCCAGUGAGUUGCACCAGAAGAGUUGUCCUGUUCCUGCCCCAUUUUAUGGAGAAAGUCGACUUUACAGAAUCCGGGGUGGCGAUACGAGCGUUCCAUGUGACCUAAAUAUUGCAGAAAUAAAAAGUACAAAUAUUUGCAAAGAUGGAAGUAUUCCUGUUAAGGACCUGGAUGUGCAGGAGACCACAUCUCACGAAACUGAUGUUGAAGCUUUCAAACAAUCAACCCAAACUCCAUCAAACGGAAUUCUUUGUGCUGAGAACACUGUGCGCCUACCUUCGAAUCCUGCUGGUCAUGAUAGUGUGAGGAAUGUCGAUGUACAUUUGGACAAUGUGAUUAAGACAAUGCCUGAAGCUGCCGGUGCUGUUGCCGCUGCAGCUGUUGCUGAUCGUCUGAUGGCGAAAGAACGUCGUCAAUUAGCAAUCAUUCUGGUUGGGUUACCUGCACGAGGCAAGACGUUUACGGCAGCAAAAUUGACGAGAUAUCUUAGGUGGCUAGGCCAUGAUACUAAACACUUCAAUGUUGGAAAAUAUCGACGUUUGAAGCUUGGGCGUAACCAGACUGCCGACUUUUUUCGCGGUGAUAACCAGGAGGGUAUAGAAGCAAGAAACGAGGUUGCAGUGCUCGCCAUGGAGGAUAUGCUUGCCUGGAUGGAUGAAGGAGGACAGAUUGGUGUCUUUGAUGCUACUAACAGCACGAAAGCUCGUCGGGAUUUGCUGACGAAGUUGGCUGAGGGCAAAUGCAAGAUUAUCUUCUUGGAGAUAUUAUGUAAUGAUCGAUCUGUGAUUGAGACCAACAUUCAAUUGAAGACGACUCGAAGCCCUGAUUACGCUGAUGUGCCCGAUUACGAAACUGCCCUUGAGGACUUCAGGACUCGACUUGACCACUAUGAAAAAAUGUAUGAACCAGUGACUGAGGGAUCCUAUAUUAAGUUGAUUGACAUGGUCAGUGGGCAGGGCGGUCAUAUGCAAGUGAGUAAUAUUAGUGGAUACCUUCCGGGCCGUAUCGUGUUUUUCUUGGUCAACACCCACAUCACACCACGGCCGAUAUUACUCACUCGGCAUGGUGAAAGCCAGGAUAAUGUGAAGGGCCGUAUUGGUGGAGACCCCGUACUUAGUGAAGCUGGAGAAAAGUAUGCACUCAAGCUGGCUGAAUUUGUGAAGAGGCGGCUGAAGAACGAGACGACAGCUUCUAUCUGGACAAGUACUUUGAGAAGGACAGGUAUCACUGCAAGGCACAUCGAUUGGUUUUCAAAAGUUGAAUGGAAGGCGCUAGACGAAAUCAAUGCAGGAGUCUGCGAUGGAAUGACGUACGAAGAGAUCAAAGAAUCUAUGCCUGAAGAAUAUGCAGCACGUAAGGCAGAUAAACUCCGCUAUCGCUAUCCUCGUGGUGAAUCUUACUUGGACGUCAUCCAAAGGGUGGAGCCUGUCAUUGUAGAGCUUGAGAGGCAGCGCUCACCAGUGGUGGUAAUUGCACAUCAAGCAAUUCUCCGCUCAUUGUAUGCAUACUUUAUGGACAAACCACUCAAAGAGGUUCCCCAUAUUCAGGUGCCAUUACAUACCAUUAUCGAGAUUAAAAUGGGAAUGACAGGCAUGCAAGAAAAACGAUACAAGCUUAUGGAGUAGUAUAUUUUUAGCAAUUUCCUAGGAAAUUUUCCCUUGUCCUUGUGUUAGUGCUACACAUUCAAAGUUUCUGAAGCAACAGACUCGCUCAAGUUGUAUUCACUUCGGCACUUGCGUAUGCUAUUUCGAUACAUAAAAAAGCCUCUAGAUUUUUUGGCAGGAUUUAUUUUGCUCCAGUGACAAUUUUACAAACUUUCAACUUAUAAUGUAACUACAGAUGCUAAUAUGAAAGCUGUAGAUACGCAGUGAGUUGCUGAAGCAGUUAUUGGUCUAUUUGUACAUUUUUAAAUAUAGUUCCUGCGAUCAACAGAUUCCUACAAUAGCCAUUACCCGUAAUGAACCUGUAUCCAAGAAUGCUCAAUAAAUAUGAUAAUGUAUUGUGGUUCCCAUA